CUCCAGGUCGCUCGGUCUCCAAAUUCCCGGAAAAAGCCGCUACUCGCUUGAUCCUCUUUAUCACGUGAACAAAUUCCUGACAGUUUGCAGUUACCGCUGGAUGUGAUGAGUUUAUUAAAAAUAAAAACCCUAUUGUUUGUGAUUGUAAGAAUUUAAAAGCUCGCUGUGCUUUGAACACAGAGAUCUGUUAUAAUGAGUACAGAGGGAGACACACAGCGCUUCUUCAGGACGUCUCAGGUUCCCGAUCCUCCUCUCUCACAGCUGUGUGAGGACGUGAAAAUGGAGACGUCAGAUGGAGGGACGCCUGAAGUGACAGAAGUCUGUGUAAAGAAAGAAGAGGACAUCUAUGACUACGGGGACAACCUCGACAACACACCUGAAGAUAUCUGCAUUAAAGAGGAAGAUCCUGACCAUAAAGACUACCUCUACUGUGAGGUUUGCAAAUCCGUCUUCUUCAACAAGUGUGAGGUUCAUGGCCCGCCUCUCUUCAUCCCUGAUACUCCUGUUCCCAUGGGCGUCUCUGACCGAGCCAGACUAACUCUUCCUCCUGGACUAGAGAUUCAGAAGUCCAGUAUUCCUGCUGCAGGUCUGGGGGUGUUUAAUAAGGAGGAGACUGUUCCAGUAGGUGCACAUUUUGGACCCUACCAGGGAGAGCUAGUAGACCGAGAGGAAGCCAAAAACAGCGGAUACUCCUGGGUGAUCUACAAAAGCAGGCAGUGUGAGGAAUACAUAGAUGGUGCAAGAGAAGUUCAUGCAAAUUGGAUGAGGUAUGUGAAUUGCGCUCGUCAUGAUGAAGAACAGAAUCUUGUGGCAUUUCAGUAUCAAGGUGGAAUUAUGUAUCGGUGCUGUCGACCCAUAAACCCAGGACAGGAGCUCUUAGUGUGGUAUGAAGAGAAGUACGCCAAAGAACUCAGUCCUGCCUUUGACUACCUAUGGAACAAAAAGUGCUCCACAAAUGAAUCAAACAAUACCCUGUUGCGAAGCUUUUCCUGCUCUAUAUGUGCUGUUUCUUAUUCAUCCCAAAUUUAUCUUGACAAACAUAUCCAGAGAUGUCACUGUGAAGAGUAUCUGAAACUGCGGCAAUCAGAAGAGAUUAAACAUGAGCUUCCUAAUUCCUCAAAAGGCUCCAGUCAGCCCAUAUCAUCUGAUACUCUCAGUUCUCACAAUGACGUACAGAAGAAAAUUCAUCAUUGCUCAGACUGUGGAAAGAGUUUUGCUGAUCAGAAUGCCCUCAAAGCUCAUAAGUGCAUUAACACGGUAAAGAAGCCGUAUCACUGCUUACAGUGUGGAAAGAGUUUUACUCAGAGACGUAAUCUCAAUAACCACCAGCUCCUUCACACAGGAGAGAAGCCAUUUCACUGCUUAGAGUGUGGGAAGAGAUUUACUCAGCAGUGUAAUCUUGACCGACACCAGCGCCUUCACACAGGAGAGAAGCCGUAUCAGUGUCCACAGUGUGGGAAGAGAUUUAAUCAGCGGUAUCAUCUCUACCAACACCAGCACCUUCACACAGGAGAAAAGCCUUAUCACUGCUUACAGUGUGGAAAGAGUUUUACUAAGCAGGGUGCUUUCCAAGAACACCAGCACAUUCACACCGGAGAGAAGCCGUAUCAGUGCUCACAGUGUGGAAUGAAUUUUCCUCUACAGAGUACUCUUCGAAAACAUCAGCGCACUCACGCUAGGGAAAAGCUGUAUCAAUGCCCACAGUGUGGAAAAAGUUUUAUUCAGCAGAGUACACUUCAAAAACAUCAGUGCCUUCACACCGGGAAGAAGCCGUAUCACUGUUCAGAGUGUGGAAAAGAUUUCAGUUGCAAGGGUCAUCUCCAGUUACACCGGCGCUGUCACACAGGGGAGAAGCCGUAUCAGUGCUCACAGUGUGGGAAAUGUUUUACUUGCAAGAGCCUUCUCCAGCAACACAAGCGCAUUCACACUGGUGAGAAGCCGUAUCAGUGCUCCCAGUGUGAACAGAGGUUUGCUCAUCACAGUACUUUUAACAGACACCAGCGCGUUCACACUGGAGAGAAGCCAUAUCAUUGUUCACAGUGUGGAAAGAGUUUUACUCACCGAAGUACCCUCAAAGAUCAUCAGAACCUUCACACAGGAGAGAAGCCAUAUCAGUGCUCACAGUGUGGAAAGAGCUUUACUCAGAGAAGUAACCUCAAAGACCACCAGCGCCUUCACACAGGAGAGAGGCCGUAUCAGUGCUUAGAUUGUGGAAAGAGUUUUAAUCGACCGAGUACUUUGCAACAACAUCAGAGUGUUCACACCGGAGAGAUGCCCUAUCACUGCUCGGACUGUGGAAAGACUUUCAGUGAUCAGAAUGCCCUCAAAUCACAUCAGUGCGUUCACACAGUGGAGAAGCCAUAUCAGUGUUCAGAGUGCGGGAAGAGAUUUACUCAGCGCGGGAACCUCCAGCGCCACCAGCGACUUCACACAGGGGAGAAGCCGUAUCAGUGCUCACAGUGCGGGAAAUGUUUUACUUGCCAGAGCCAUCUCCAACAACACCAGCGCAUUCACACCGGAGAAAAACCGUAUCACUGCUCGCAGUGUGGGAAGAGGUUUGCUCACCCGGGGACAUUCCAAAAACACCAGCGCAUUCACACCGGCGAGAAGCCGUACUGCUGUUCACAGUGCGGAAAAAGGUUUACUCAGCAAGGUACUUUCCAAAAACACCAGCACCUCCACACAGGGGAGAAGCCGUAUCACUGCUCACACUGCGGGAAGAGUUUUACUCAGCAGGGAACUCUGCAGCAACACCAGCGCCUCCAUACAGGAGAGAAGCCUUAUCACUGCUCUGAGUGCGGAAAAAACUUCAAUCGGCAGAGCUCUCUCCAACAACACCAGCGCAUUCACACGGGAGAGAAGCCGUACCACUGCUCACACUGCGGGAAGAUGUUUACCCAGCAGGGUACGCUCCAAAAACACCAGCGCCUUCACACGGGGCAGAAACCAUUUCACUGUUCACAGUGUUUAAGGAGUUUUAACGAGCGCGGUGCUUUCCAAACACACCAGUGCCUUCACAGAGGAGAGAAGCCGCAUCACUGCUCGCAAUGCGGAAAGACGUUUGUUUAUUUAGUUACAUUUAACACCCACAAGUGCACUAACUUUAACAUGAUUUAAAGUCGUCAGAUUUAUUGUUUUAAUGUUUUUGGCUAAAAAAAAAAAAAUCUGUACCCUGUACUCUGUCACAGUGGAACCUUGGAUUACGAGCAUAAUUCGUUCCGGAAGUGGGCUCAUAUUCCAAAACACAUAAUUAAACGUAAGUCAAAGCAAAUUUUCCCAUAAAAAAGUAUUUUGAAACUUAAAUGUUUCAUUUCAUAGCCUAAAAAAAUACAUACAUAAAAAUUAUUAAUAUGAAAUAUAAAGUAAAAAUAAAACAAAUUAACCUGCACUUUAUCUUUAAAAAAAGGCAAAAAUGUGUGUGUGUGAAGGGGCACAGUGUCUAAUUAUGUGCACGCACAUGACAGAGAGAGAGAGAGAAGGAAAAUGGAUCUUUAAACUUUAUAAUGAGACUUUCUUUUGCUUUACACACGUUACACGUGUUAUAAUAAACAGUACACACGCACUUACAAACACAAAAUAAAAUGUUUUACACACACAUGUGGUCACAGUGUUAUAGUAAACAGCACAGGUGUGCACAGAUGUUGAUUAUACCAGUAAGAGAUGCACACUAAGACUUAGAGGAGACGAUUACCCACAAUUCCGCAGCACAAGAGAGAGAGAAAAACAUUCGCUCAGUUGUGAUUACGUGACGCUCGGCGUCAAAACAAGAAGCGCAUGAGUAAUACAUGAUACUCAGUACACGUAAACCAAGAUUUGUUCGAAGUCAAAAUUUGUUAAAAAUUUUGCUUGUCUUGCGGAACACUCGCAAACCGUGUUACUCGCAAUCUGAGAAUUCACUGUACUUGUAUUUUUUAUUUUAUUCAACUUGACAUUUUGCAAAAGGCAAAUUAUGUAAUUAUAGUUAUGAUUAUUAAUAAUAGUUAUCUACUCAUAUGCACUAGUAUAUGCAAUCAUAUUUAUAAACAGUAGAUCAUAUACAGUACCAGUCAGAAGUUUGGACACAACUUUCUAAUUCAUUGUUUUUUGUUAGUUUUUUGUUUUUUGUCCAACCUUUUUGGAACAGUUCCUGCAAGAACAGUAUUGUGUCAGUAUUGUGAACAGUAUUUGCGUUUGUAAAACCCAUCAGGCUCUAUGGUGAAACUGUCCGUCAUGAAGAGUUUCCCAAAACUAAGCUCUGCUGCAGAGGAAAAGGGUUAGUCCUCAGAAAUCACCAAUUAACAACCAGCACCUCAGAUUAGAGCCGUUAUGAAGCUUUACAGAGCAGAAGUAGCAGAUAAACAUCUCAAUAUCAACUGUUCAAAGGAGAUUAUUGUGUAUUUUAGACGUCUUCAGUAUUGCUUUAGUGUAGAAAAAGGAAAACAUGGAGUUGGAAGGGGUGUCCAAACUUUUAACUGGUAGUGCAUGUAUGAUAAAGAUCUGUUUUGUUAACUCUAAGUAGUUGUGAUCACACAUUAGCAUUACACUGUCCUGCAUUAACUCCAACACUGUUACUAGUGAAAUACUGCAUGCGUUAGACUAGUUUAUUUCAAAAUCAGCAGUAAAAAGAGUAUGUUCGAGUUUGUAAAUGAAUAAA